AUAAAACAGGUUCCCGUCAAGAAGCGACCAUUAGGCACUUCCAUCAGGCUAUGGGGGCACUUCAGAUAAGACGAGAACCGUAAAUCCACCACGCCUCAUUCUGGCCAUUGAUCUCCAGCUGUUUCGUUUAUCGCUCCCACUGCCUCGGGCGUUUGCACAACAUAUUGUUUGUAGCUAUUCCUAUUACAGACGAGUUUUGGCUGCGGACCAGUGAAGUUGAACAAAAGUUGAAUUUGCCGGAUCAUGUUGCAGAUUUGCCGUUUGAUACUGCUAGCGGCAGUGUUCAGUUCGGUGGUAAUAGCUGAACAAAAAGAUGUCGUUUCGGUACCAACACGAUCCUUCAGCAUCGACUACGAGCGGGACACAUUCCUGCUGGACGGAGAGCCUUUUCGGUUCAUCUCGGGAUCGUUUCACUACUUCCGCGCCCUGCCCGGCUCGUGGCGCCACAUUCUCCGCGCAAUGAGGGCCGCCGGAUUGAACGCCGUCAUGACCUACAUCGAGUGGAGUACACACGAACCAACCGAGGGAGACUAUAGAUGGAACGAAAUUGCAGAUCUCGAGCAGUUUAUCCGGAUUGCGGAAGAGGAAAACCUUUACGUGAUACUGCGCCCGGGACCGUACAUCUGCGCGGAGCGUGACAUGGGCGGAUUUCCGUAUUGGCUUUUGACUAAGUUCCCGAAUAUCAAGCUGCGAACACAAGACUCAGAUUAUAUGAGAGAAGUCCAGAAGUGGUACAGCGUGCUGAUGCCUCGAAUUCAAAAGUACUUGUACGGACGAGGAGGUCCAGUUAUAAUGGUGUCCAUUGAGAAUGAGUACGGAUCGUUCUCGGCGUGUGAUAAAACGUACUUGAAGUUCCUCAAGAAUAUGACAGAAUCCUACAUACAAAAAGAUGCUGUUCUUUUCACGAACGAUGGUCCGGAACAGUUGAACUGCGGUAGAAUUCCUGGCAUUCUUGCAACUUUGGACUUUGGGUCGACUGGAAGUCCCGAGCGCUACUGGCAGAAAUUGCGCAAAGUACAGCCCAAAGGUCCGCUGGUCAACGCAGAGUUUUACCCGGGUUGGCUGACGCACUGGAUGGAACCGAUGGCUCGUACCGCAACGGGCCCCGUCGUAGACACGCUUCGUCUGAUGCUGAACCAAGGAGCGAACGUAAACUUUUACAUGUUUUUCGGGGGAACUAAUUUCGCAUUCACUGCCGGAGCCAAUGAUGGAGGCCCGGGCAAGUUCAACACGGACAUAACUUCGUACGAUUACGAUGCGCCGUUGGACGAGGCUGGCGACCCAACACCAAAGUAUUUUGCCCUUCGCGACGUUAUUCUGGAGUAUAUGCCAGAUCCUGGAGUUCCCGUGCCACAAAAACUCCCGAAAAUGAAGUUACCACCGGUGACACUGACCCAAUACGGGUUCCUAACGUCCAACGAAGCCCGCCAAGCACUGGCGAAAUAUAUUUUCACCAACGAUCGUACGCUGAGCUUUGAGGCGUUGAAUCAACAUUCAGGAUUUGUGCUUUAUGAAGCGGACAUUCCACAACAUUUACACCGCGAUCCUCAAGCACUUAAAGUUACGAAUCUUCGGGAUCGCGCCUACGUACACGUUGACAAUCAAUUCAUUGGAGUCCUGUCGAGGGAGAAUGCAAUCGACACGCUACCAAUAAGUUUGGGUCAGGGCAAACAGCUUCAACUUUUAGUGGAGAAUCAAGGUCGCAUCAAUUAUGGAAUAGCGAACGAUUUCAAGGGAAUCUUGGGUCCCGUAACGCUAGAUGGCAACGAGUUGCUCAACUGGACCAUGACCGGAUUUCCGUUGGACGAUUAUUCACUUCUUAGCAACUAUUUAAACCAGUUCAGUGGAUAUGACUCAGAACAGGCCAGGCAGGCUUCGGUGAGAAUUUUCCGAGGCCACUUUACAAUUACAAAUGAAGGAAUCCACGACACUUAUCUCGAUCCAUCCGGGUGGGGCAAGGGUUUGGCCAUCAUCAACGGGUUCAACUUGGGAAGAUACUGGCCGCUGGCUGGACCGCAAGUGACUUUGUACGUGCCAAGACAUAUCCUGAUGCAAGGAAAGAACGAGCUAGUUGUAAUCGAAUACCAGAAAGAUGUUCGCGGGGAGGCCGUCAUCGGAUUUACUGACACUCCGAACUUGGAUGGGCCUUAGAGGCACGAUUAUUUUAAUAUUUAUUUGGAACAUUAAACAGUUUUCAGUCUUA